AAAGAUGUAUUCUGUUGAAUAAUAAAACGUUGAAAAGUACUUUUUAAUUAGUCUGAUGAUUUUCAAUUUGUUGCAAUUUUUUUUUCUAUUUUCGUGUUGUAUUAAUUUAAUGUACAGCAUUCUCUUCCCUGCAAGUAAAAUAUUAGUAGUUAUACAAUUUUGUAACCUGCUGUUUUGCAAUAUGUUGCCAUAGAUAUUAUUUUUUGCUUAGAAUAAAACCUUUUGUUCUUCCUAGUAAGUAGAAAACAUGAAAAAAAUAUGGAUUCCUUAAUUAUUAUAAGUCGAUGACAUUUCUAUAACUAUCGUUUUCUUCUUCCGUUUUCGUAGAUAAUAAUUAUUGUACUGUAACAAUGUUGAAAAAAAAACUAAUAUAAAUAGUUAUCAAAGGUACCAGGAUUAUAUCGACUUAGUAAGCCGUUAACAGUGUGCAUAUAAAGCUUGGUGGAUUGUUUAACUUUACAUCAUCUGAUACAGGAACCGUGUACAUGAAUUGAAGGAAUACGAGAAAAAGUUCAAACAUGUUGUAUCCAGUGAUAAUCAUUCUGACGAUCAGCACGUUACAUGAAAGUGGUGCUUCCUGGUGUACCGAUGAACAACAUACAAAUUGCAUGUGCAUUCAAUCAGAUAUUACGUGUAAUGGAGAGCCGAGAUUCACAGAAAUACCUUUUAAUAUUCCAACAUCUACCAAGAUGUUAAAUUUGGACAACAAUAACAUAACAUCAAUAAACUCAACUGUAUUGUCUAGAUUAAGAUCACUUAAACAACUAUCGUUACAAAACAACCAGAUUUCAAGUAUAAACUCCGAGGCGUUCAGCGAUAUAUUUUUGAGAGAUUUAAGACUUGGUGGGAAUAAGAUUUCCUCAAUAGCAUCUGUACCAUCUGGAAUAAUAUCGCUUUCCAAACUAGAUUUAUCAGACAACUACAUUUCAAGCAUAGAACCCGGAGCAUUUUCUAGUUUUUCAUCUUUGUAUAUAAUAAAAUUACAAGGGAACAACAUUUCCAGUAUAACCGCCGAUGCAUUCGCAAAUUUUACUACACUAUCGGUUCUAGAUUUACAAGGCAACAAGAUUUCUUACAUAGAACCCACAGCGUUCAAAGGUCCAGAUGAAUGGGAGUCUUUAUACUUAAACGAUAAUGAUUUAACAACAGUAUCAGCCAAUCUUUUUGAUUCAACGAUCAGUUUGGAGGAAUUAACAUUACAUGGAAACCCGCUGAUUUGUUGUACCAUGCUAGAUUUGAUUGAAUGGACUAAAAAUCAAACCAAGUUGAAGCUUUUUACUGGAACAUGCCAUGAUUUUAACGCACCUGUUGACAUCAACAGCUUCAAUUCAACAAAGUGUCCAGCUGAUGGCGAAUGGGGAUCUUGGAUGACUACGCCAUGUUCUACCACCUGUGGAAACGGUUUUAUAAAUCGGAAAAGAAUAUGUGAUAGCCCAGCACCUUCUGAAGGCGGACAGAUGUGUGUUGGUCAUAAUAUAGAAUACCUUAAUGUUUGUAACUUAGGGAAUUGUCCAGUUGACGGGCAAUGGAGCUCUUGGUCAUCUAUACCAUGCUCUGUCUCCUGUGGGGAUGGUAUUGAACAAAGAAUUAGAAGCUGUGACAACCCAAAGCCUUCUGACGAUGGAAAAGAGUGUGUUGGGCCUAGUAUGGAGUCACUAACGUGUAACUUAGGACAAUGUCAAGUUGAUGGCGAAUGGGGUUCUUGGAUGACUACGCCAUGUUCUACCACCUGUGGAAACGGUUCUAUAUAUCGCAAAAGAAUAUGUGAUAGCCCAGCACCUUCUGAAGGUGGACAGAUGUGUGUUGGUGAUAAUAUGGAAUACCUUAAUGCUUGUAACUUAAGGAAUUGUCCAGUUGACGGUCAAUGGAGCUCAUGGUCGUGUACGUCAUGCUCUGUAUCAUGUGGGGUCGGUAUUAAACACAGAGUAAGAAGCUGUGACAACCCGAAGCCUUCUGACGAUGGAAAAUAUUGUGUUGGACCUAGUAUUGAGUCAGUGAUAUGUAACUUAGGAAAAUGUCGAGCAUCUUGCAAAGAAGCCGACAAAAAAGCAGUUAUACCAAUGCCAAGAGGUAGAGGAAGACGUCACCGACAGGACCAGGUUAGAGGUCCGGAGCUUUGGACUAGGAGGGCUCCCAGGGAAGUUCAACAGCCACAACCAGUUGGGAGAAAUGUGGGAAGGCGUCCACCAGCUGAUUUAGAUCAAGAAGCACAUACAGUGGUUACGUAUUUUAACUGCCAAUACUUCAAAACAACAACACGCUGA